GCUCUCACUAACACAUUUAUAAACAUUUAUAAACCCAGACGCAGCUCAGUGGGCAACUUGUCUACGUGUCUUUGAACCCACAUCUGUUCCUUCACAGGGACUCUUUGGGUUCAGACACACGGAACCGGACCCACGGGUCACGUUAGCGACUCGGUCAGGAUCGUGGUAUUUUUAUUGUUCCUGCAGAUGUUCUGCGGUUCCAUCAUUCUCUCUUGGAUCGGCUCGCUCUGUCCCGUCUAGAGAUGUAAUGAGGCGUUGAACCAAAGCAAGUUCCUGAUUGGUUGGGUCAUGAAUGAUUAGCUGCCCAGCUCCUGAUUGGCUCCUGAUUGGCUCCUGAUUGGCUCCAGCCUGCGAUGAUGAUGAUGUGUUUCCGUGGAAACCGGGAUGAGUUUUAUGGAGAGGUUCUCCUGUUGGACGGCAGGAAGCUGACUCUGACCUCUGAGCAAGGCAUCACGGUGAGUGUCCAUCUCGUCGUUCUCGCUGUCAAAGCUGCUCAACUCCAACCUUCUGCUCCUCAGAGAUCAUCGAAGGCGGCGGCCAUCUUUGAGCAGGUGUUUGCUCACCUGAACCUGGUCCAGGUCCAGUUCUUUGGACUCAGAUUUUGUGACUGCAACCAGCGUUCGUUCUGGUUGGAUCCGACCAAAACUGUGCAGCAGCACCGACAGCUCAUCGGGCCUCCAUACAUUUUCUACUUUGGAGUAAAAUUCUACGUAGAAGAUCCGACGAAGCUGAAAGAAGAAACAAGCCGGGGUCUGUUUUACCUGCAGGUCCGUCAGGACAUCCGCAGAGGUGUUCUGCCAUGCCCCACCCACCUCAGACCUCACCUUUUGGCUCUGAUGCAGCAGGUGGACCGAGGGGAUCACAGCGAGGAUGAGACGUCUGAAGAUGAACAGGAAGUUCAGCUCAUCUGGAAAACACUGAGUGGCGUCUCUCGCCUUCACGCUCAGAACCACUUCCUGCUCCUCUGCAGCUCUCUGCAGAUGUACGGCGUCACCCUGUUCGCCGCCUGCGGUGAGAACCGCACCGAGUACUUCCUGGGUCCCACUCCAGUGGCUGUGGUCAUCUUCAAGAACAAAGUGCUGGUGGGAAAGUAUUUCUGGCAGAGAAUCACCAAACUGCACUUUAAGGGGGAGACCUUCGAGCUGCAAGUCAGCUGCAGAAACGGCUCAGAGGCGUCGUUCUUCUUCCACACGUAUGAUCGAUGUGACUGCAAACGUCUGUGGAGAUGCUGUGUUGAACAUCACACCUUCUUCAGGAUGUCGGGGGGGAAUGCUCCGACGCAGCGUCUGAGACUCAGCAGUGUCACUCGUUCUUCAUCUCUAAGUCUUCCUCGGCUGAAGGGCAACAAGCAGAAAAGCCGAGCAUUUAACCCCAAAACAAUAACGGAUGACUGUCUGAAAACAACGCAGUGCACCAAUCACAACGCAGGAGUAAACAGCGAACCGAUAACCAGGAAGAUGGCGCCUGCUGCAGUUCAAAGCAGAUCAGAGGAUGGACCUAAAGGUGACCACCUGAAGCCCAAUGCACCAUGGGAAAAUAGCCACUACAUAAUGACUUCUAAUCAAGAUCUCUACAUCACAGGCCUUUUCAACCCAAAGUUCCCACCAAACACGAGAGAAGAACAAGGAGGACCACAGAGGCGGAGCAGAAGUCUCGAUGGUGAUCGACCAAUCAGAAGACAGAGAAGGUCCAGCGGCAGCGACUGUGAACGGACGAGUAACGGCGAGCGACGCAGCAGACGGUGGAGUCCUGACGCCCAAAUAAGGAAACGCAUCCUGAAGCAGCUGGUGGAGCCUGAAGGUUUGAUGGAUCGACAGACAGAGGAAAUACCAUAUAAGGAAGUGAGAGUUUCAGAGCAGCCAAUGAGAAGGCGGCGUUCUCCAAGGGGGCGACGGCGUCUGCGGUCGGCGUCUGCUUCAGAGCUGCAGUCAGUGAUGUCAUCAACAGGUGGUACACUGGAAGUACAAAUAUGGUCAUGCUUACCUUCGUCUUUGUAUUUUAGCUCUAAAGUGGAGAUGGUGCCGCCUCUCUCUGUCACCAUGGCUACCGUCUCUUCCUGUCCAGCAGAGGGGACGCCAGCCGGUCCAUGACGGGGGGGGGGUCUGGUUUCUUUGUAUCGGGACAAUGAGAUUAAACAAAUGCUGAGCACUGUUACAUUUAAAGCCUUUAAUGUGUGUAAAGCUGUUUAGAGACAGAAAGAGAGCAUAGCAGGCGCUGGCAGUCAUGGCGGCCAGGUGGACAGGUGUAUGCCCCCCCCCCCCCCCCAUCAGGACGCUUUGAACCUUUUAGAGUCACUGAACAUGCGAUGAGAAGGGAAAACACACAGAGAGGCUGCAAACCAGACAAAGAACCCGGCGAGAAAACCUCCAAGACAAAAAUGGACGACCAACGUGGCUAAAGAGGAACGUCAAGCUAACGCGGCGUUCAUGAAGCGACUCUAGGAGGAAGUUAGCUGCUUCAUGAUGACCUCUGCGGUGGCAGAGAGACUCUGGAGCAGGGCAACAGGAAACUGGAUGGAAACGUGGCGACAUGAAGGAGGACGUUACAUCCCUGCAGAUUUAAAGUAGCAGAGAGGAGUAAGCAGCCGAGAUGAAAUUCCCGCUGAUUCAGCGGCGCUCAGGGAGAGACGGAGGGUUUCAUUUAGCCGGCUGUCCCUCAGGAUCCUGAUGUCAGCGUCCAGAGCUGCCGCCCAGCUGCAGGUCCCUGGACCAAUGGCCUCGCUGCGUGGUCCUCUACCUUCUAGACGGUUCUUCACUCCGCCUGCAAGAAGGAAGAGACACGCCUCAGCAACCUGAGGGUGUGUCCACCUGUGUGCAGCCCGAGGUCACAUGACCAGUCCAGAGAAACACACCUUAGCAGGAAGAGUCCAGAGGUGCAGCACCGAGCAGGAGGCGGAGCCACCAUGAGGACCCAGGAGCUCUCUGACGUUCCCCUGGAGAACCAUCAGGUUCCUCGUCUGGUACCACAACAACCGGACCAGGACCGCCCACCAGAACUCCAGACCGGGCCAGGAGAGGACCGCCCACCAGAACUCCAGGAGAGAACCGCCCACCAGAACUCCAGGAGAGGACCGCCCACCAGAACUCCAGACCGGGCCAGGAGAGAACCGCCCACCAGAACUCCAGACCGGGCCAGGAGAGGACCGCCCACCAGAACUCCAGACCAGGAGAGGACCGCCCACCAGAACUCCAGACCGGGCCAGGAGAGAACCGCCCACCAGAACUCCAGACCGGGCCAGGAGGGUGUUCAUCAGAGAGGCAGAGAGGUCAGCACCCGGAGGAGCUGCAGAGGUCCACAGCAGAGACCGGAGGUUCUGCCUAUCGGACCAGAACCAGCCGUACGCUCCACAGAGGAGAGGCCAGAAAGAAGACUUCACUUAGAGUUAACAUGAGAAGGCAGGGUUUGAGUUUGCUAAAAGGCACAUGGGCAGCUCCUUAGAGUCCCCCCCCCCCAGAACCCCGUCUCCACAGGGAAACACGGUGGUGGCAGCAUCAUGCUGGGGGCGGUUUUUCACCAGCAGGGACUGGGACUGGG